AUGUCGGGUCGAAGCGCAUACGUGCGCAAGAAGAUUACGGAGACGAAACCCGGGGAGAAAGGUGCUUUGCCCCGGAGCCGUACCAAGACGUCGUUGAGCUCCGACGACAAUGCGACCAUUAGCGAUCUGCCCAUGCCGACGCGGCAGGACACGGGCGUCGGCACUACUAACGCGCGCUUCCUCAAGUUUUCUGAGCCAGUGCGUGAGAAUGAGGUGCUGAACCCCUAUCGCAAUGACUUUUCCAGCUUCCAGACGCAGGGCAGCGGUGGCAGUCAAAGCGGCGGGAGCACGGACGGCCGGCGGGAGGCUGCAGGCACACCGCAUCUCAAAGGUCCUAUGGAUGAGUAUGCAUACGCCCGUGCGAGGAAACCAGUCAUUAAGACGGAGGACGUUUCGGGGAUCGAGAAGUCCGGAUUGAGGAGUGCACUUGACAAGAAAAGUGAAGAGGUGCGCAAGGGCAUUGCUAAAACCUUUUCCUUCGGGAAGAAGAAGGACAAGCGUGGCGAUGCCGACAAGAACCUCGAGUUCCGGCCGCAAUCGUCGGCGACGGUGCGUGCGCAUCCGAGCUACCCUAGCGAUCCUGAUGUUGCUUUCGAAGAAGUCGUCCCGCCGCAAUACCAGCAACAGCAGCAUCACGGCCAGUUCGCCGAGCAGCAACAAUGGGACCAGUCUGCCAUGAUAUCGCCGCCUCCGUCCGCUAAGCUUCCCCCUAUACCACCUCCCUCCAAUGCACCGCCCAUCAAACGGUGGAUCGGCGCUGGCAGACCUGUACAACGAUGGAACAAACUCCGUAAGGAUCCCGAACUUUGGGACCCGAACGGCGACGUGCUCGUUUUCUUCGGUCAUAAGGGCCAAAGUCCUCGGCCAAAUCCCUCUUUCCGGCUCUCAUCCCAUAUCAUUGAGGCGACUGAGUCACGAUAUCUGAUAACCCUGCUUCGUGAGGGUUCGACGGAGGAGGAUAUUCACAUGUCACCAUCGCCCAUUGGAGCACCACCUAUGCUUCAACGCCAUGGAAUGGGUGGAAUGGGCCACCACAUGGGCCAUCACCAUCUUGGGCCGCAUAGUGCGCUGAGCCGCGGUCAGCCUACACCACCGAUUUCAGAGGAUGCGAGCCUGGCGGAGGCAGAUGGCCAGAUUAGCUAUGAGAUGUACUUCCCGACGCCGUCCAAUAUGACCAAGAUCGACCAGGUUCGACACCACAUCACGACGCGCAACGUAUUCGCCUUGCUCUAUCAUGCCUCGCUUGUGGGAUUGUCGCUUUAUCAAGCAUUGUCUGACCUGCACACGCGGCUAGAGGCGUACAUGCCGCCCGAGGCCGAUAAUGUCGGAACGAUUCUCAAUUACCUUUCUGCUCGAGGCAUUGACGAUGUCCGGAAUGACGCCGAGACGGCUGUUUCACUGCUUGCAUGGUCCGAAGGCUCAGAAGUCCGCUGGGAGGAGGGCUGGCGCGAGAGCUUCCUCCACUGCGCCGGUAUGUAUGGCCGACUGGAGUCGUGCGCAGACUUCAAGAAUAUCACGCCCAUCACUCGCGCACUCCUUGAGCGCGCAUGCCUAGAGACACAGCUGCGUGUGCAAGCCGCAGAGGAGCGGCUGGCCGACUUCCAGUACUCCGACAUGUGGCCACCGGCUGUGGCCUCCACGGCUUCCUCUUCCGGUCCAGUAACGACCAGUCCCGCCAAGGCGAGCGCCGAUCGGCUACAGAAGUUCUUCGUUGCUCACUACAUGCGUGUAUACGGCCGUUGGCCUCCUCCAGCUGCGCCGCCAACUCACCAUGAGGGCAACAUGGGUGGUGGUAAUGGCGACGAGGAGAUCUGGCUUACGCGUACGGUUGCAAAGUCCAUACAGAAAGAUUUUGCCGCGCUCUAUGACUACUUGGUCAAUCGGGACAUCGUGUGGGAUGGGUCGGAAACACGCAGCUCGCGCAAAUGGCUCAUGGUCAGCGAGUCUGGCAAUCGGGGAUUCGACGCGGACACGCCUGAUCUGCCCAUGACGGACAUGUUGAUCGAGUUCGACAACAAGCUGCGCUUUCCCCACAUUCCUCACCCAUACCCCUUGGUCCCUGAGUCGAUCCCACCGCCAUUAAAUCUGUCAAACGGAACCAAGGAGAAGCCGUCCAAAAAGAGCAAAAACGGCAACGAGAACAACGCAAAUGUUGGCAAUCGUUCCGGCGCCCUCGAGCGACGUGUACAGUUGGCGUACACAGAAGCAACUAACAUCUACAUCCUGGGGUCGGAUUUCACCCAGAGUGAUCUGAUUGAUGCGUUUGUCAAGUUUGAGAAGGCGGACCGCACCGGCGAAGUGGACCCGAGCACAGCCCGCCGUGGGCGGUGGGUGCUCAUCUACGGUGUCUUGCAGACGCUGGCCAGCGUGUCUGUCGACGCUCCCAACGUGCGUUACCGCGAGGGCGUGCCUUACCAUCUCUCGCCGCGCCUGAAGGGCGCAAAGAUGCCCCCGUGGAGAGCCGGCGGGCCCAACAGCCUCCCGCUGAUGGGCAGCAACAGCGGUACUGCAGGUGGCGAGGAGGCGGCUCAUGAGCUCUCCCACUGCUGGACGGUCGUGCGCUCGUGGAACGGCGGCAACUCGAACAACUCGGGCGCCGACACGUCGUCGGGCGGAUCGGGCAACACGUCGCCCGUCGUGCGGGCAGCAGGGUACAACUUCCCGCGCCCACCGCCGACGGCGACGUCGCGCAGCUCCGUGGCGGGCUACCACACGCCCGCGGGCGCCGGCACCCGGUCGGUGCGCAGCAGCAGCUCGGUGGCGCCCAGCGUCAGCGGCUACGCGCCGUUCAGCUCGGCGGGCAGCGUCAUCAGCGAGUCGGACACGGCGAGCAGCAGUGUGCGCUCGCCAGCCUCGGGGACGGGGACGGGGACGCUGUCGCGGCGCAACACGCGGUCGCGCGACGGGCUGUACUACAGCAACUCGAACAAGUACAGCUCGGGCGGCCCGCGCAGCGUGGCGACGUUCGGGUCCGGCAGGGAGAUUGAGCGCGUGGACGAGGUGGAGUGGCCGGUGCCUCGCAGCGGGUACGGGAGCCACGCGGCUAGCGCCGUGGGUGGGAACACGGGGAACAUGGCAGGGGGUGCUGGUGCUGGUGGUGGCGGCUUCCUCGUGCUGGACGACGUGGUCGACUCGCGACGAGGGAGCUUCAGCACCGCGGUGAGCGGACAGGAGCGCGACAGGUCGGCGCUGGGGAUGGGCAGGGCAGUUGGCAGCGACAGGGGCUACGGCCGGCCAUUGUUGAGCCGCAGCGGAUCAGAGACGGAUAGCGUGGCGCCGGUGAUCAGGGACUUUGACGAUCUGGAUGUCGUGGACGAUCACCAUCCUUAG